UACGGAUUAUAUUUCCGUGUGUUUACGUUUUUACCAAUAUUUAAAAAUUGUACCAUAUUAUACUGUUAUUUUAGCAAAAUAUUAGGGCAGUAAAAUAAAUAGAAAAUUGUUAAAAAUAUUUGUUAUAGGUAAUAAACAGUGAAGGGAAUAACGCCAUUUCCGCGACCGCCACGCCUCAGCCACAGGAGCUUCUUAUUUUAAUUUUUUUUUUUUAAUUAUUAUUAUUUGUGCCGGAGGAGGGAGAGACCAGGCAACCCCAUAGUUGAUGAUGAUUGGCUAGGUUAGAGUGACCUUUUAUGGUAAGCCAAUCAAUGGCGGCAAAUCACACAAGCGUUCAGACACCCAAACUAGCAGAAGCAAGCAGUUGAAAAGGCGAUUCUGGAUGGAAAGGUGGCUUUUAAACUACUUCAAUUCAAUUGCUUUAAUUAAGUUGUACGCGCUACCACGAAGCUGGUGGAUGAAAACAUUCGACGACACUGUUGACGACGAUGGCGGGCCAGCACCUGACCAGCUCCCUGUUGGCAGUAGCAUUCCUCACCUCCUUUGGGAGCUCUAUGCUUUAUGGAUACAAUCUAGCAGUCGUAAACUCUCCUGCUGUGUACAUCAAGGAGUUCUACAACAAAACCGUGCUGAGUCGUAAUGGAACCUGGCUGACCGAGGAGACCUUGACCCUCAUGUACUCCCUCACCGUGUCUGUCUUUGCGAUCGGAGGUCUGCUGGGGUCACUCAUAGUGGGUAUGCUCGUUACUCGCUUCGGCAGGAAGGGCACGGUGGUGAACUCGACAGUGCUGGUGUUUAUUGCCGGCUCACUCAUGGGUUUCAGCAGGUUGUGGGUUUUUCCUGAGACGGUCAUCAUUGGCCGCUUCAUCACAGGAAUCCACUCAGGCAUCUCUCUAAGUGUUGUACCAAUGUAUUUGGGUGAGAUAGCUCCUAAGAACCUGCGCGGCUUCCUCGGUCUAGUGCCAAGUAUCUUUAUUGGUACCGGAGUCUUUGCCGCCCAAGUCCUGGGUCUCCAUGAGCUUCUAGGAAAGGUAUUCAGCGACAAAGAACCAAUCACUCUCACAAUCGUAGUCGUACCCACCUUCAUCCAGCUGAUGCUGUUGCCAUGGUUUCCUGAGAGCCCCAGGUAUCUCCUCAUAGAGAAACACAACGUCCAUGCCACUAUAACAGCUCUAAAGUGGUACAGAAACAACUGUGACAUCCAGGCGGAGAUUGAAGAGAUGCAGGAGGAGCAACACUCCUUAUCGUCGGUCGAAACGCUGUCAGUGUGGAGGCUUCUGCACGACGACACGGUCCGCUGGCAGGUGCUAACUGUGGCGGUGAUCAACAUCGGGAUGCAGCUGUCUGGCAUCGAUGCUAUCUGGUUUUAUACCAACAGCAUCUUUGAAAACGCUGGUAUCCCAGGACCAGAGAUCGAGUACACCACAGCGGGGACAGGAGUCAUAGAGAUCAUCGCUGGACUCGUUGGUUGUUUUACCAUAGAGAAGCUGGGCAGGAGGCCACUGAUGAUUGGGGGCUUUGCCGUAAUGGGUAUCUGCAGUGCUGGAAUCACAUUAUCACUGAUUUUACAGGUUCAUCUACUCUUCAUGCGCUACAUCAGUGUCUGCUGUGUGGUUGGCAUCAUUGCAGGCUUCUGUAUUGGUCCAGCCGGUGUUCCCUUCCUGAUCACAGCCGAGCUGUUCAAACAAUCCCACCGUCCUGCUGCUUACAUCAUCGGAGGAUCCCUCAACUGGCUCUCCAAUUUUACUGUGGGCUUUGUCUUUCCUUUCCUACAGAGGUCAGCAGGAUCUUACUGCUACUUGGUAUUUGCCACCAUUUGUUUGUCUGUGGCGGUCUACGUUUACAUUGUGCUCCCCGAAACCAAAAACAAGACCUUCAUGGAGAUCAGCCGAAUGUUUUCUAAGAAGGGCUCUGUCUUAGAGACCCAGGCUCUAGUCCACGUGGACCAGUUGAAGCUCAAAAAGAUGAAUGGCUACGGGGGAUUGGACAAUACAGCAAUGGAACCGGAGACCUCAUCUCCUGCAUUGAUAUCCAACCGGCCUUUUCCAGGUAACACAAAUCGAAUUGGUUGACAAUGAACUUUCACUCGGGCCACGUUCCUACUCAUUUACGUUUAGUCUGAAUGUUUGGUUUUUCUGUUGCGUGUUUGCAUUUGAGGUUUUUUUGUUUUGUUUUUUUUAACGUAGGUUACUGCAUGGAAAGAUUGAUCAAUUGUUUUCUUAACUGGUUUUAAAAUGUAUACAGGCGAUUUUGUAAACAUCCUGGCAAUUUAUAGUAAAAAUUUAUAGUAAAAAACAGUGUACAAACACGUGGGAAAUAAUAUACGAGAAAUCUUUUAAAAAGGAAAAACACUGAUAAUUGUAAAGCCUCGUGCUCCGUGUUGUGCGUUCCGAUUCGUUGCGCUUCACUCGCACCACUUGAGAAAUGAACCGCUUUUUAACGAGUUAGCGUGCAUCGUUUGAGAAACCCCAUGUCCGCUGUUUCGUUUGUACCGCGAUAUCGUGUUUCCAUUUUGCAAA